AUGGUUGGAGGUAACGUGUCGUUAUUCUACGACUGCGAAGGCGGGGAGGAGCACCUAGACGAGUGUAACGAGGUCUACCUCCGCCUUACUCCCUACUCCAUCUCCGUGAUCCUGGCUGUUUGGCAAACGCUGCUUGUUGUCUUUGGUGUCUUGGGGAACAGUGUUGUGAUCUUCGCAGGGAGCCAGUACUCUGCCUUUAACCUGGACAGUGUGACGGUGUUCUUUGUUCAGCAGCUGGCGGUGGCGGAUCUGAUCUACUCAGUGAUCAUCACGGCUCCCUGCGCUCUCACUCACAUCAUGAGAGGCUGGUUUCUGGGGUACUGGACAUGUGUGGUGUACGGAUACCUGGUCUCCUUCCUCAGUCCUGUGGGCUUCCUACUCACUAUGAGCAUCUCCCUGCACAGGAUUGCUAGAUGUUAUCGUCCUAUGCAGAUGAGCAAGUUUAAGAAGAAGCACGCUGUCAUUAGUGUGAUUGCUAUAUGGAUCGUCUCGUUCGUGGCUAAUAUCAUGUUCAUAGGACACGCCCCAGCCGGAACACUCCCCCAGUUUAACCCUUCCUUUCCACUCUGCUACUUCAAUGUGGAGGAUCCUGAUUACCCACUACUUCUGAAAGUCCACCUGAUCCUCUUCAUGGGAACACCCUUCAACAUCAUUGUACUCACCAACCUUAUGCUGCUGAGAUACUCCAAGCAAAAGACAAAGGACCUCAGAAAAGCCAUCAAGGAGAAGAAAGAAACUGACUCCAAAAGAGGAUUUAACACCAUCUACUUGAUCUCUGGCUUGCUUAUCACUACCUGGACCCCCCUCAUCACUAUUGACUUUCUCAGAUCUUUCUUCAGCGGCUUCAUCCGUUCUCACCAUUUCAUGAGGUUUGCAGGUAACGCGUUCCUGGUCAGCAGUUGUGGUAAUCCUAUUAUAUACUGCUUCGCCAACCCAAAGUUCAAAGCUUUCCUCAUAAAGCUCAUGUCCCGGUGUUACUCUAACGCUAGAAAUUCGCUAAUGGAUAGCAUCGGUGUUUCUUCUGUUACCGUACCCCGAGAAAAGGCAACCUCGCGAUCCUGUAUUUCCGAAUCUAGAGGUCAAGGCAACAGGUCCUCUAAAUCAAACUCAACUGCUUCUAUGGGUAUUCCUAGCAAACAGAUGUCACCCAGGCGGAGUCUCAGCAAGCUUUCCACUGUCAAGGAUUUGAGCGAGAGCAGUAAUAAAAGUAAAACUUUCCGAGGUGAUGCGAACGAGCGAUCCUCAUCUUCCAUGUCUAAAUCGGAGCAGAACUGCAAGCAAGUUGAGCCUGAAGCGUCUUCUCCUGAGCGACUGAACCUUGAAGACGACAUCAUUCAAGAAGUAGAAAUUUAG